CGACGACGAAAUUGCGCGACAGCACGGGACACAGCCGGGACAGCGGACGGGUUGCGAGCUUGGCCCGGAAAGCAGACCGUUCGGAGAUGCCCCCGUGCCUAUAAAUCGGCAGACGAGGCUAUGGUCCGGCCAAGUGAGCACUAAUAGAUUGCAAAAGUACAGCACAGGCCUCCCUAGACGACCAUAACUACUCCACAACGACCACCUCUCGCAGGGCUGAUUGGACUGGUCACGUCUUGAUACUCAUGCCGCCCGCUCGGUAUGAACGAGUCCGGACAAACGGCUAUGAUGCCGUCCAUGAACACCCGACGAGCUCGACAGCGUUCACGAGCGACAGUGGCCAAGAACAACGCGAACGAGGCAAACGGCGGCUCAUCGGCUCCCUUGCUCUCCUCGCACUUGCCAUACUUUUCCUCUGUUUCUUGGGCGGGACCGGUGUUCGUUCUAUGUUGCAAGAACCUCAGCUGUCGAUCGAUCCGGCCAUGCGUGGCUGUUCUGACACGAGCCUGACGACUGCUCUGCCACGGGAGAAAGGCGUCAUUCUCAUCCUCGCAAGGAACUCGGAUAUGAAAGAGCUCAUGCCGACCUUGGUCAACUUUGAGCAACGUUUCAACAGAUUCUUUCGUUACCCGUACCUCUUGCUCAACGAAGAGGAGUUCACUGAGGAGUUCAGGUCGAACAUUCGCGAUUCGCUGCCAGCCAAUGCUGCGGUGCAGUACGACAGAGUCAUGCCUAGCGAGUGGAACAUACCCAGUCAUCAGAACGCUACCCAUUUUAGAGAGAGCUUUGCCCGCCAAGCAAAGCAAGGCGUUCAGUAUGCCGGUCUUGAGAGUUACCACAAUAUGUGCAGGUUCUAUAGCGGUACCUUUGCGCGACACCGUUCUCUGGCACCCUAUGAUUGGUAUUGGCGACUCGAGCCGGGAGUGACUUUUUAUUGUGACAUUACAUAUGACCCUUUCCGGUUCAUGGCAAUCAGACGCAAAGUCUACGGCUUCGUCAUCACGAUCAAGGAAAGCGCCAACACGAUCCCGACGCUCUUUAGACAUGUCCAGAACUACCGGUACGCCCAGCAUAUGACGCCAAGCUCAUUGUGGCCCUUCGUCAUCGAGCAGGGCGCCCUCACGGAGAGCUACAAUCGCUGUCACUUUUGGACAAAUUUCGAGAUUGGCGAUCUGCGCUUCUUUCGCUCGGUCUCCUACCAGAACUUCUUCAAAGCCUUGGACGAUACAGGUCACUUCUACACCGAAAGGUGGGGCGAUGCGCCUGUACGCACUCUUGCGCUCGCUCUCCUCGCGGGCCGGGAGAAAGUCCACUACUUUGAGGAUUUCGCGUACAAUCACGACUUCUUCACCCACUGUCCCCGCCCGAAGAACCUCGGCUGCAACUGCUCCUGCCCACCCGAGAGUAGCGCACACUGGGAUAUCGACAGGAAUGAGCAGCACAGCUGCGUACCACAGUGGCGCGACGUGGUCAAGCGCUAGUGACUGCUCCUCAACGGGUUCGAGGAGCUAGACGGCAGCUCGACUACCGCCCGCAGUACAGCCUUGCCGUGCCUGCGACGAUCUAUGCGGCAGUAGCGGACAAGAAAAGCUGCUGACCAUUGUGCCUAUUCGUGCGUCGGCAAGAGGACGGCAGAAUGUGGCUCGGAUCUAUACUCGACGGCCUCGUCUGCUGUUCGUAGCACACUUGCGAGUCUGCGCAAUAUUUAGACAUAGUCCACACGAUGCGAGUUCUGCAAGUCCGGUGGGCAGGAUCGAUCAGGCGAUCCUUUGGCGGUCAAACCGUCCGUAAUUUCUGAUGCUAUGAUGUAUGUUGUGCACACGUUGCAAUUGUUCGCACCAGCGAUACAACUCAGUCCC